CUCGGGAGCAGCGCUUUGACGCACAACGCAGAGUUGGAUUAUAGUAUCGCACGCCGGUCUUCCACGGGGCUUUUUUUUUCACUCCCUCACAUUGCCUACACCCUUGCUACUGCCCGGUAAUUGAUACAUGAUCGGAAUCAAUAUCUCUCCCCACGGUGACCUGUGCUGAGCUUUUGGAAAACCGAGUGCUGCCGCUGCCUCCUCGCCGGACGCGUGUUGAAUUAAUAAGCGAGACAGCCUCACCUGGAGUGUGUGUGUGUAUGCACUAGAGAAGAGAAAGUGUGUGUGUGAGUGUGUUUUUCUGUGUGUGCAAGGAUCACACCAAGGAUCGGGUUGUUUCACGGGCUUUAACGCGUGCACACAUACAAACAUAGACACGCACAUACACACGCACACGGGGGAUUUGGGCACCGCAUGCCGGGGACAUGUGGAAGUUUGCGCCGCUGUAGCGCAACCAGAGAGCCGGUCCACUGCCUCGUCGACCUCCCCUCUCCCCGCCCAGGGGGACCAAACUCCCGGUUGACAAGCCUCCGCUAACCGAAAGCCCAGCAAGAGGACCCAAAUGUAAAAUUAUAGCAAGAAAUUUCAAAAACACACAUCUUAAAAAGGUGGACGACAAAGGGAGGACGACAUCCAGUUGCGUGCAGAGUUUGGUGAGCUCUUUUGGGAUUUAAGGGCUUAAUUUUUUACGCCCUCACAUUUUGCCAGUGUUUUUUGGGUCUCAUUUUGGCCCCCCCUUGCCGCAGUGAUGGUGGGAGCUCUGAGCCCCGUUGCCCCCGGCCGCUCCCCGGCCUCAUUCCCGGGGCUGCUGGUGGCUGUCCUGGUCCUGGUUCUGUCCAGCGGGGUGGACGGACAGCCCUGCCCGGCCCAGUGCUCCUGUACCGGGACUACAGUGGACUGUCACGGCCAAGGGCUCCGCAGUGUGCCCCGGAAUAUACCCCGCAACACCGAGAGACUGGAUCUGAAUGCAAACAACCUCACUAAAAUCACCAAGGCGGAUUUCGCUGGACUAAGGCAUCUGCGAGUGUUGCAGCUGAUGGAGAACAAAAUCACCACGAUAGAGCGAGGAGCCUUCCAAGACCUGAAGGAACUGGAGAGACUGCGCCUGAAUCGGAAUAAUCUGGCUGUCUUCCCUGAGUUGCUUUUCCUGGGAACGACGAAGCUCUACAGACUUGAUCUCAGUGAGAAUCAGAUCCAGGGAGUCCCAAGGAAAGCCUUCAGGGGAGCUGUGGAGAUCAAGAACCUCCAGUUGGACUACAACCACAUCAGCUGUAUUGAAGAUGGAGCCUUCAGAGCGUUACGUGAUCUGGAAGUGCUCACUCUCAACAACAACAACAUCAGCCGGCUGUCCGUGGCCAGUUUCAACCACAUGCCGAAACUCAGGACCUUUCGCCUGCACUCCAACAACCUGCAGUGUGACUGCCACGUGGCCUGGCUGUCGGAGUGGCUGCGACAGCGCCCUCGUCUGGGUCUCUACACGCAGUGCAUGGCCCCGCCACACCUGAGGGGGCACAACGUGGCCGAGGUGCAGAAGAAGGAGUUCGUCUGCACAGGUCACCAGUCGCCGUCGUCUUCCUCCUGCAGUGUGUUACAGUGCCCAGAGUCGUGCACCUGCAGCAACAACAUUGUGGACUGCAGAGGGAAGGGGCUCACAGAAAUACCCACCAACCUGCCCGAAACCAUUACUGAGAUACGACUGGAGCAGAACGCCAUCAAGGUGAUCCCAGCUGGAGCUUUCUCUCCCUAUAAGAAGCUGCGCAGGAUAGAUUUGAGUAACAACCAGAUAUCAGAAUUGGCCUCUGACGCCUUCCAAGGUCUGCGCUCCCUCAACUCUCUGGUGCUAUAUGGGAACAAGAUCACUGAAAUUUCCAAAGGACUUUUUGAAGGACUGUUUUCACUGCAGCUAUUGUUACUGAAUGCCAAUAAGAUAGCGUGUCUGCGUGUGGAUGCGUUUCAGGACCUCCACAACCUCAACCUGCUCUCUCUGUACGACAACAAGCUUCAGACGAUUGCCAAGGGAACCUUCUCAUCCCUCAGAGCCAUCCAAACUCUUCACCUUGCCCAAAACCCAUUUAUCUGUGACUGCCAUCUGAAGUGGCUGGCAGACUACCUGCAGGACAAUCCCAUAGAGACCAGCGGGGCCCGCUGCACCAGCCCCCGCCGGCUGGCCAACAAACGCAUCGGACAGAUCAAGAGCAAGAAGUUCCGCUGUUCAGGUACGGAGGACUACCGCAGCAAGCUCGGAGGGGACUGCUUCGCCGACCUGGCCUGCCCCGAGAAGUGCCGCUGCGAGGGCACCACGGUCGACUGCUCCAACCAGAAACUCACCAAGAUACCGGACCACAUCCCCCAGUACACCGCCGAACUGCGUCUUAACAACAAUGAAUUCACUGUGCUGGAGGCCACGGGGAUCUUCAAAAAGUUGCCUCAGCUGAGGAAGAUUAACCUGAGUAAUAAUCGCAUCACUGACAUAGAGGAGGGAACGUUUGAAGGAGCCUCGGGGGUCAAUGAGCUGAUUCUGACCUCCAACAGACUGGAGAACAUACACCACCGCAUGCUGAAGGGACUCAGUGGCCUCCGCACACUCAUGCUGAGGAGUAAUCGAAUCAGCUGCGUGAGUAACAGCAGCUUCGUGGGAUUGAGUUCGGUGCGUUUGUUGUCGCUCUACGACAACCAGAUCACCUCCAUGAACCCCGGGGCCUUCGACACACUGCACUCCUUGUCCACACUGAACCUUCUGGCAAAUCCCUUCAACUGUAACUGCCACCUGGCCUGGCUCGGUGAUUGGCUGAGGAGGAAGCGCAUCGUCACGGGAAACCCUCGCUGCCAGAGCCCUUACUUCCUGAAGGAGAUUCCCAUCCAGGAUGUGGCUGUCCAGGACUUUGCCUGUGAUGACGGUAACGAUGAGAACAGCUGCUCUCCGGUGUUGAGGUGUCCAGCAGAGUGCUCCUGUCUCGACACGGUGGUGCGCUGCAGCAACAAAGGCCUCACCACGCUGCCCAAAGGCCUGCCCAAGGAGACCACUGAGCUGUAUCUGGAUGGUAACCACUUCACUCAGGUCCCUGUUGAACUCUCCAAUUACAAGCACUUAACACUCAUUGAUUUGAGUAACAACCAGAUCAGCACGUUGUCGAACCACAGCCUCAGUAACAUGUCCGAGCUGCUUACCCUCAUCCUGAGCUACAACCGCCUGCGGUGCAUACCAGUGAGGGCGUUUGAUGGACUCAAGUCUCUCCGCCUGCUAUCUCUCCAUGGUAACGACAUCUCAGUGAUACCAGAGGGAGCCUUCAAAGACCUAUCAUCGCUCUCCCACCUCGCGUUGGGUGCCAACCCGCUCUACUGUGACUGCCACAUGCAGUGGCUGUCUGACUGGGUGAAGAGUGGCUACAAGGAGCCCGGCAUCGCCCGCUGUGCCGGACCGGGUGACAUGACAGACAAACUGCUUCUCACUACGCCCUCCAAGAAGUUCACCUGCACAGGUCCAGUGGAUGUGAGCAUCCAGGCGAAGUGUGACCCCUGUCUGUCCAGCCCCUGCAAGAACGAUGGCACCUGUUCCAACGAUCCUGUACACUACUACCGCUGCACUUGUCCUUAUGGAUUUAAGGGCCAAAACUGCGAGGAGCCCAUCCAUGCCUGUAUCAGUAACCCCUGCCAGAACGGAGGCACUUGCCACCUGAAGGAAGGAGGAGAGAAUAACUUCUGGUGUGUGUGUCCCGAGGGAUUUGAAGGCGACAUGUGUGAGAUCAACAUCGAUGAUUGUGAAGAUAAUGACUGUGAGAACAACUCCACCUGCGUUGAUGGGAUCAACAACUACACAUGCAUGUGUUCACCAGAAUACACAGCUGCUACCAAUGAGGUGGAGAGAGGGGAACUGUGCGAAGAGAAACUGGAUUUCUGCGCUCCAGAGCUGAACCCAUGUCACCUCGACUCAAAGUGCAUUCUGACCCCAGAUGGAUACAAGUGUGAGUGCACUCCAGGCUAUGUAGGGGAGCACUGUGAGCAGGACUAUAACGACUGUGAAGAGAACAAGUGUCAGAACGGCGGUCAGUGUAUUGACGCCGUUAACGGAUACACCUGCGUCUGUCCAGAGGGAUACAGCGGGCUGUUCUGCGAGUUCUCCCCUCCUAUGGUCCUCCCUCGCACCAGCCCCUGCGAUAACCAUGAGUGCCUCAACGGGGCCCAGUGUGUCGUCAUGGGAACGGACCCUCGCUGCCAGUGUCUCCACGGCUACCAAGGCGAGCGCUGCGAGACGCUUGUCAGUGUCAACUUCAUCGACCGCGAGUCCUACCUGCAGCUUCCCUCCAAUCUCAUCUCACCGCACACCAACAUCAGCCUACAGAUUGCCACAGAUGAGGACAGCGGUGUGCUGCUGUACAAAGGGGACAACGAUCACAUCGCCAUGGAGCUGCACAGGGGACGUCUCCGAGUCAGUUACGACACCGGAUCGUACCCCCCCUCCGCCAUAUACAGCGUGGAGACAGUGAAUGAUGGGAGUUUCCAUGCUGUCGAGUUAGUCGCGGCCGAUCAGACUCUGUCUCUGUCGAUCGACGGCGGACCGCCCAAAUCCAUGAACUCGCUCAGCAAGCAGUCCACGCUCAGCAUAGAUUCUCCACUUUACCUGGGAGGUAUGCCGGAGCGCGCCUCAGUCUCUGGCGGUCUUUCGUCCCUGCAGCACAGCUCAGGUGGUCGCAACGGCACCAGCUUCCAUGGCUGCCUCCGUAACCUCUACAUCAAUGGGAAGCUGCAGGACCUUGGGGCCGGGCUGGGACCAGGAGGAGCGGGUGCUGCUUCAGGGCAAACCACCUCUGGACAUUGGCUGGGACAAGGAGUGGAGCCGGGCUGCCAGCCCUGCCAGAGAGGCGCCUGCGUCCACGGUGACUGCCACCCAACAGGGCACAGCGGCUUCACUUGCACCUGCCACCCCGGGUGGACUGGAACGCUGUGUGACCAGCAAGUCAACAACCCCUGUGAUGGGAACAAGUGUAUCCAUGGCACCUGCCUGCCAAUCAACUCCUACUCCUACUCCUGCCGCUGCCAACCUGGAUUCGCUGGCGUGCUCUGUGACGAGCAGGACCAGGAAGCCGCCAACCCCUGCAGUCUGGCCCGCUGCAAACAUGGCAAAUGCAGACUGUCUGGCCUGGGCAAGGCAUACUGCGAGUGUAACAGCGGAUAUACAGGAGAGGCUUGUGACAGAGAGGUGGCCUGCCGAGGGGAACGGGUCCGAGAUGUCUACCAGAGACAGCAAGGCUACGCGGCGUGCCAAACCCAGGAGAAGGUCUCCCGUCUAGAGUGCCGGGGCAGCUGCCAGGGGGGAGCAGGGGGACAGGGCACCUGCUGCACCCCCCUCCGUAGCAAACGCAGGAAAUACACCUUCCAGUGCACCGACGGCUCCUCCUUUGUCCAGGAAGUGGAGAAGGUGGUCAAGUGUGGCUGUACAAAGUGUUCCUCGUAAAAAAAAAAUAAAAAGAAGAAAAAGAAAAAAAAGACAACACCCUCAGCAGAAGAGUUCCUCUUCUCCAGAUGUUUCGUGUUCCUGCCCCUCUUACUUCAUCCCCAUCCAAGCUCCCGAUCCCUCUUGAAAAUACCCUGCACCCCUCCAAGUCAUCCCCCUGUUUUGUAAAAACCCUGAAAAA